AUGUCUGCAAGAAUUAGACAACAAGCCCGUGAAAGAAGGGAAUACCUUUAUAAAAAAGCACUAGAUUUACAACAAUCACAACUUCAUGAAAAAAGACAACUAAUGAAGAGUUAUUUAGCUCAAGGUAAAGCAUUCCCAAAAGAAAUAGCAGAUGAUGCCAAAUUACAAAAAGAUUUCCAAUAUGAUCAAAGUAUUCAAAAUGAUGAUGAUGAAGAAGGUAUUGAUGAUGAAUAUUCUCAAUUUAGUGGUAUAAUUGAUCCAAAAUUAAUCAUAACAACUUCAAGAGAUCCUUCAUCGAAAUUACAACAAUUUUGUAAAGAAAUCAAAUUAUUGUUCCCAAAUUCAAUUAGAUUAAACAGAGGUAAUUAUAUUAUGCCAAAUUUAGUCACAGCAUGUCAAAAUUCGAAUACAUCAGAUUUAAUUGUAUUACAUGAACAUAGAGGUGUACCAUCAUCUUUAACAAUAUCACAUUUCCCUCAUGGUCCAACUGCUAUGUUUACAUUACACAAUGUUGUUUUGAGACAUGAUCUUUUAAAUAGUGGGAAUCAAAGUGAAGCUUAUCCUCAUUUAAUUUUUGAAAAUUUUACAAGUAAAUUAGGUGAAAGAGUUGUAACAAUUUUAAAACAUUUAUUCCCACCAGGUGUUAAGAAAGAUAGUCCAAGAGUUAUAACUUUUAAAAAUGAUGGAGAUUUCAUAAGUGUAAGACAACAUUUAUAUGUGAAAACAAGAGAUGGUGUUGAAAUUAGUGAAAUUGGUCCAAGAUUUGAAAUGAGAUUAUAUGAGCUAAGAUUAGGAACUUUGGAAAAUAAAGAUGCUGAUGUUGAAUGGCAAUUGAGAAGAUUUGUUCGUACUGCAAAUAGAAAGGAUUACUUGUGA